UUGCAUUGCCAAGACAGCAAAGCAAACCAUGCAAUUUGAAAACCCACAGUAACAGAUGUGUCUGUUGUAUUAAUGUCAAAUAUAGUCCACCUGAUUCAGGUGCUUCAAUAUGUUGCGUCAAAUGACUGCACCAAAAAUAAAAACGGGAAAGUCAACUCGGGAACCGAAACUCUCGAAUAUGUCCAACAAGAACCUUUCUCCAUCUGCAACAUCUGCCGGACGCAGCAGAACGCAAAUUCCGCGCCCCAAAAGUGCGAGUUUUUCUUAUGAAGCCACAAAAUCCGAAGAUCGACGCCCAUGGACGAAUAGUGUGCUGAUAGAGCCCAGAUCUUCAAGUCGCGAAAAGGUCGAACCCAAAUCCAAUCUAGACCACAAGUUAGGAUAUAUUCCUUCUUACAUAAGGAAGAAAAAAUCAACCAUUUCGAUAGACAAAUCGCCGGUUUCAACAGAGAAGGGUGAGAAUGAGAAACAACCCGUACAAAUACCAAAAUGUACCAGUCGUGCAGAAUUGCAAAAACAAACCGAAGAGCUAAAAGAUUGGAAAGAAAAGUAUAGAAUGCUUGAGGAGCAGAAUCUGUUUCUCAAAGAUGAGUCUGAGUCGUGGCAGGAAAUCAUUGCAGCGAAAAAUGAAGAAAUUAAGAAUUUGGAAAACAUUAUCCAAGAAAUGUCCGAGGAACAACUUAACCUGCGCAAUGAACUAAAACACAAGGAGAAAAUCGUCGAACCAUCUCCAACGCGGAACGAUCUUUUUGAACAAAAUGAUUCGCUACUUAUGGAAAAUGAUUACUUGAAAAGGAAUAACAAUGCGCUGCUAGUUGAAAUUGAAAAUCUGAAAAAACAUUUGGAUGAAAUUCGUAGUAAAGCAGAUGAAGAACUCGUGGAAAGUAGGGCGGAAAAAAUGUUGAUUGGAAAACUGGAAAAGCAUAAUCAAAUGUAUCGUGCAUCCCGCAUUAAAUUGAAGAAAAUUAUUCACAAUCUGAAAACAGACAAUCAUCGCUUGCGAUCAGCGAUCGAGCAAUAUCCUGCCGAUGGCUGGUUCGUCCUCGAAAAGGAAAGCGGGAAAAAAGGACACCAAAUUGGAGAUUGUGGCGAAGAAGCAAUCGUUGACAGAACAGUUUACUUCGAAGGUGCCAGACAGCAGAAACGUUCUAAACAGAAUGUCAUUGAAGUGAAAAAGUACAAAGUUUAGUUUACUUGUGGAAGUCAUGCUGCGCUUGAGAAUAAAAAUUCAAAAUU